GACUGGCGGGAUGGCUGCGAGCGGGAGCGGGUGCGGGAGCGGGGGCGGAGCCGUUGGCGUGGACGGCGGCGACUCGACGGCCAGAGGCACCGCCAUGGUGGGCAUGGACCGCGUUGCGGCCCCGGGCGGAGGGGGCGCUGCGGGCGACUACGGCGACUACGGCGCGGGGUACGGCGCCCCGCAGCAGCCCGGGGCCUUCGUGCCGCCGGUGCCCGGCGCUCGCCCCAAGGUGGACCCCGAGGCGCAGGGCGAGGUGGACCCCACGGUCUACCCGGAGCCCAAGGAGUCCACGCACAAGAUCCGCGGCCGCUCCGACUUCCUGGAGAUGCUGUGCGGCUCCGUGGACCAGGAGCUGCUCACCGUCAAGACCUUCUACUUCUUCUUCUACUCGGCGUUCGGCUCGCUCUUCCCGCUCAUGGGCGUCUACUUCAAGCAGAUGGGCAUGAACCCGGGCCAGUGCGGGCUGCUCAUCGGGUCGCGUCCCUUCGUCGAGUUCCUGUCGGCGCCCUUCUGGGGCUCCCUGGCGGACCGGUGA